ACUCUGGCUGUGGACGCUCUGGGGCCUCUGGGGGUUCUGGGGAGCUCUGGUGCAGGACGAGACUAGUUGGUAGAUGGUUCUUGUUGUGGUGUCCGUAUAUUCUGUAAAUGUCAGAACUGUUUUGAAAUGGACAUAUCUGCACACAUUGCAGCAGGUUUAAAGCAACUUGGGAAUCCUGGUGUCGUAACAGAAGACUGUUUCUCGAAACUGUUAGAAGCGGGAGUAAGCGUAAUUACAGACAGCCAAAAACUGCCAAAUCUCACCCAGCUGUGCAACUUCAAAGGUGAUGCAAUUAAAGAAUCCUAUGCUGCCCUCCUGUCUGUUUUGAUAGAAGCUGCGAGGCAUGAUAUAUAUCCAGAUGCAUUGUCCAUCAUAUUACUUCAAGAUUAUAACUUUGGUGCACAAAGAAAUGAUAAAUUGAUAGGAAUAUACAGACAGUACAAAACAAGGUUGCAAGCAGCACUCAGUCACAUUGGAACUCAUCCACCACACAUCAUAGAUGCAAGCUGGACACUUGACUAUUGCAUUAAGGCUAGCAAUUUGGAACAAGUUGGAGACUUCCUCUACCUGAUCCAGUUCCAUACUGAAUCAUGUCAAGGGUGUGGAAGUGGUACUUCUGUCAGCAGAUUUAAGUUUCUGUGUACACAAGAGGAACUGCAAGAUCUUGUAUGGAAACUACGUGAUGCAGUUCGACAUGUUGAAAGAAUUGCUAAUACAUGUGACUUGAGUCAGAGAUGUUAUACUAACCUUGCUAAAUAAAAAAGCAUAAGACACA